AUGCGUAAAAUUCGACGAAGCAGGUUUCCAAACCUAGAAUUUGUGGUUUGUGUAGUGACAAUCUGUUGUUUUUGGCCAUGGAUAAUUAACGCUCAAGAUGCUACCGAUAACGUUAAUUCUGACAAUACUACUGAUACAAAUGUUAACGCUAACCCUGUUAAUACUACAAAUGUUAGCAAAUCUACCUACUCAUCUGCUUUAACAUUAGUCGAUUGGUUAUUCGCCGCAAUUCUUAUUGUCACUGGAGCGUUAAUUGGUUUCUCAUAUAUCAAAUUUACUAGAAUGGCUGGUUCUAUCGUCGGUUUCUAUACUUUAAGUUGUUUAGCAUGGAUAGAAAUGCUUAAUUCGGAUCCGGGUUAUAGUGAUUAUAGAAAUUUGAUGAUUCCUUUUAUUAUCGGUUCUCUAGGUGCUAUGCUAUUUUUAUAUUUCAAUAAAGUGGGUGUUUUCUUUGUUGGAAUAUUGGGAGGAUGUGCAUUUGGCCUUACUACAUUAUCUGUUAAAGGUGUCGAUCAAAUAUUAAGAUCCGGAUUUACAACUGCUCUAAUUAUUUAUCUAGAUUUAAAUCAAGAAUAUUCUAAUAUAUUGAAAUAUAGUAUUAAUGGAAAAGUUUAUGGUUUGUUGGGUGGUGUUUUUGUAUUGGCUGCUAUAGGUUUAUACUUACAGUGGAAGAUGAUACCUUCUAUAAUGCCACAAACAAGUGGUAACAGUCCACCAGCCAUGAGAGAUGAUCUAGAAAAAAUAGUAUACGAAAUGAAUCCCUCUAUACGUAAAUCAAUGAGAUCUAGUAAACUUGACUUUGGAGAUAUGAAUCAAUUAGUUACUGUUAAUAAUGAAAAAGGUGAUGCUGAAGUAAUUCUUGUUAUACGGAUCCUGUUCAGCAUAUUGAAAAUUACACCAAUUCCACAAAUAGUACUAGUAACAUUGAAAAAUACCGCGUAG